AUGGUUGAUACUGCAGAUAGCAGACGUCUUGUGCGCUGUUCUGCUCUAAUUGCCCACGAACUAUCACGACUCCUCGACACUGCUGCUCUCAGUGAAGUUCAUCUCCAUGAGGAAGACAGCCUCAAAGAACAUGGUGAACUACCAUCAGAUCUCCAUUAUGCAGUCGUUAUCACCCUUUACAAGAAGAAAGGAGAAAAAUUGGACAGCUCAAAUUACCGUGGUAUUACUUUGCUCUCUACUGCUGGCAAAAUCCUUGCGAGGAUACUUUUGAACAGAUUAGUACCAGCUAUCUCAGAAGAACUUCUACCUGAAAGCCAAUGUGGUUUCAGAGCCCAUAGGAGUACCACAGACAUGGUAUUUGUCCUCAGACAGCUCCAAGAGAAGUGUAGGGCACAGAACAAAGGACUAUGUAACUUUGUUGACCUCACAAAAGCUUUUGACACUGUGAGCAGAAAAGGCCUGUGGCAGAUCUUGAAAUGAUUAGGAUGCCCUCCCAAGUUCCUCAAAAUGAUUAUCCUGUUACAUGAGGAUCAGCGUGGCCAAGUCAGAUAUGGCGAUGCACUCUCUGAGCCCUUCCCAGUAACCAAUGGUGUGAAACAAGGUUGCGUUCUUACACCAACUCUAUUCACAAUCUUCUUUAGCAUGAUGCUUCAAAGGGCCAUGGCAGACCUCGAUUAA